AUGAGACUUGGGAGGAUUUUGGCAGACAACCUGCAACACCUGGUGAUGAUGUGCGGCUACAAGGAGCCCAUGGAAGUGAUUUGCCAAUCCAUCGAUUCGCUCGCAGCCCAGACGGCGGCUCACCGCCUGAUUGUGGUGAUUGGCUUGGAGGAGGGGACCCCUGAUGUGGCUGAGAAAGCUGCAAGGUUGAAAGAGCGCUAUGCCAGAUCCUUCAAGCGAUUCCAUGUGACCAAGCAUCCCAAGCAGUGGGCUGGAGGUCGUGAGAUCCGAGGCAAAUGCUCAAAUGCCAACUACACCAUGCGUGCUGCGGUCACCCGCUUGGAAGAGUACGGUGACUUAGAUCUCAGUUGCACCACAGCCACGAGUUGUGACACGGACUCUAUCUUUGCACCACGCUACUUUGAGAACCUGGGUUACCAGUUCCUUACCUCCCCAAAAGCCAAAGAGGUGGUUUGGCAGGCACCGCUCUACUACAAUCACUUCUUGAAUGAGCGGCCCUUCUAUGUUCGUGCUAUUGGCAUCAUGCGUGCUGCUUACAUGUUGGGAUUCUUGAUCCCUUUCAACAUCAACACCAUGUCCAUCUUCAGCUUUUCUCUGGAUCUCUGCAUCAAGGGCGAGUUCUUCCAUGCGCACUAUCAGAUGGAUGACAUCAUCUACACCCUGACCUGCAUGCAAGCCCUGCAGAAGCGAGUUGAGAUCCUCAUGAUUCCUAUGCCUGUGAUUUCUGGUCCAACCUCAGGCACGAGCCAAUGGGAAGAGUUCAGCGAAUGGUUCCGACAGAGUGAACGUUGGACCAUUGGUGCUUGCGAGGUUUUCCACUACUUUGUGGUGAAGCGAAGGCGUUACAACUGCUCUGCAGCCUUGUCUUACGGCACUUGGUUUGUGAUCUACUAUGGUUUCAUUUUGUGCUCCCUGACGCUGACUGGACUUGCAGGCUUCAUCAACUACGCCUUAAUCAAUGCCAAACACGACACCAUUGAUCGCAUGGGCCAAAUGACUGGCCAGCUGCCUUUGGAUGAUGCAGCCAACACUGGCGUGAUGAUUGCCGGCUUUUCCAGCCUUGCUUGGACCUACCUAGUCUUCUUGAUUUUCUUCUACCUUGACCAUGAAGGGUGCAAACUCAUUUACCACUUGAAGAUGAAGCCGCAGGGUGCUGAGGAUACCAGCUUUUGCCAGAACCUCAAAGACUGGAUUUUGAUGUGGCCCAGUUUGGUGAUGUAUUCCAUGGUCAGCUACUGGGCUAUCCUGAAAGUGGCUGUCUAUGGCAAGAAGGUGUGCGGCCAUGAUCCUUCCAGCAAGGAAGGCCUCAAGGCUGGGCAAGGCAUGACAUCGGAAGAGUCUGCUGAAGUCUCAACGGCGAUCGACAGCGCAGACAUUUCUGAAGCUGGCCGUGCCUGA